AUGAUACGUAGAAGAUAUCAACAUCUUGCACCGCCUUCGAAAGCGGCUAAAGUAAAUCGUCUUCGCUUCUUUGGUCAUAUAUUAAGGAGACAGGCAGAUCGCCUUGUUCAACGAGUUCUGAGGAGUUCGUCGGGUUCGAGCUGGAAGAAGCCACCUGGCCGAAAACGGAAGUUCUGGACUGAGGCGGUGAAAGAGGACCUGAGGACAUUCGGCGUGGAUAGGCAGUUCAGGCGAGACGUAAGGUUUCGCAGAAUAUGGAAUAGCGACGAAUGGAUUGAUUCUGUGCAAGCUCUCGCAGAAGAUCGAGAAGGUUGCGCAGAGCUGUGUUCAAAGACGGCACACCUCGGCGAAGAUGCGGGUAAUCGCGUCAGGCGACAUCAGCCCGCCGAUUAA